AUGGCCGACGUUGACAUGAAGGAUGCUGCUGCUGCUGCCACCGCAAAGGAGGGAAAAGCUGUCUCCAAGAGUGGACCCUCCGGUGAUUCUGGGAAGCCCCGAUUCGAGGUUAAGAAAUGGAAUGCCGUUGCCCUAUGGUCAUGGGAUAUCGUCGUUGAGAACUGUGCCAUCUGUCGCAACCAUAUUAUGGACCUUUGCAUCGAGUGUCAAGCUAAUCAAGCCAGCGCUGUCAGCGAGGAGUGCACCGUUGCUUGGGGCAUCUGCAAUCAUGCUUUCCAUUUCCACUGCAUAUCUCGUUGGUUGAAAACACGUCAGGUCUGCCCACUUGACAAUCGAGACUGGGAGUUCCAGAAGUACGGAAAAUAA